UUUAAGCUUUCCCAUAGGGUUUAGGUUGAAGUUACAGUCGGGGUUUUUUCGAAACUCUGAGACGCUGUCUUUUCGUCACGGCGUAAUGGAGGUUGAUAUGGAGACCUCUUCUAGUUUCCUGGACCCGGAAGAUCUCUCCAUCAGGGAACAGUUUCGUCGUUACGGCUUCUUCAUUGGUUCAAUCCACGUAGGAAGUCAGUCACUAAAAGCUUGCAAGAUUGAGAAUGACGCAUUGGCAGAUAGUGGAGAGACAACCUUUGCUCUGUUUGCAUCUCUACUGGAUUCUGCUCUUCAAGAGUUAAUGCCUAUACAAGAUCUGAUUUUAAGUCUUGAAAGAUCAUGCCGGAAUGUAUCUGAAUCGAUUAGGUAUGGGUCCAACAUACAGUUGAGGGUUGUGGAGGACAAGUUGAUGAGGCAGAAGGCUCAGCUCCUGCUUGAUGAGUUUGCU